CGCCCAACUCUCCUCGACCCACCACAGCCAUGUCCGCCCCCUCAGGAAUAAAGGUCGCAGACGAUCUCACAGCAGCGUUCACAGCAGCCCUCGCCAACCCACAAGACACAAGGGCCCUCGUCUUCAUCAUCGACGGUGAGUCGUUCAAGCACCAUGCCACCGUAAAACCCAAGGGAUCCUACAAAGACGACAUUGCGCUCGUUCCUGAGGUCCUUCCUAGCCCAAAGACUCCGGCGAGCUUCGCAUACAGGCUCGAUAGCAAGGACAGUGGGAAAUGGGACUGGAUGAUGGUCACGUUCGUGCCAGACGAUGCUGGGGUGCGUGCAAAGAUGCUUCAAGCAUCGUCAAGGUCAGGCUUGAUGAAGGUUCUCGGAGCCAACAACUUCAAACACGAUUGGUUCGCGACUUCUAUCUCGGAUCUCUCUCCUUCAGCACUCACAGCCCAUCUCAAUCAUCUUUCAUCUCCUCCGCCUCUCAGUGCAUCUGAAGCCGCCCUGGCAGAAGUCCGGGAGGCCGAAGCUGCUGAGGCUAAGCGUGCGGCUUUGGACCCCGAGAGCCAAGCGCGCAGGAACAAGGCAGUUGUAGGCCUUGGAGGGAAAAUGAACUGGGGCGAAGGUGUGGUGGAGGCCCUGCAAAAGGUCGCGCAGAGAAGUGAUGAUGGUUGGGUUGUUGUUCUUGAAAUCCCCUCUUCAAACCCUGGGUCAAUAGCCCUUCUCAAGUCAGAGGCCUGUAUACCUUCUCAACUUACCUCCAAACUUCCGGGAAAGUCUCCUUGCUAUGUCUUCUAUUCCCACCCUACUCCCCCAUCGACUCGUAAUGUUCCCAAGUCGCCCUCUGCUCCCAUCGGAGCUCCUCGUAACACGUUUCAAGGGUCUCAAGGUGGGGUAAGAGUUGUCAACGCCUCAUUCGGCUCUCCUGCUGUAGAAGCUGGAGAAAAUGUAGAAAGUGAAGAGCCCGAGCCUGGUGCCAGUCCUACGCAGGAGGAGACUGCGGAAGCUGUUGGCAAAGGACGAGUUAUUUUUGUAUACUGCUGUCCUUCGAACAGUCCAGUAAAGUAUAGAAUGAUUUACUCAACAACUGUUAGGGGCAUGCAACAGGACGCUAUCGACAAGGCUGGUGUUGAGAUUGUCGCCAAGCUCGAAACAUCAGACCCCUCCGAACUCACUGAAUCCCACUUGAAAUCCUCUCUGCCAUCUUACAAACCUACGCAUUCUAGCUCACUACCGACACCUACUUCUACCACUCUUGGGGGCCGCUCCUUUGGUACUCCCACAAUGUUUGGCCAGCCUCGGCCUUCCCUGCCCGUUCGUUCGGCUACUCAAGUACCUCUUCCUCCUUCUGGGGCUUCAACUCCGGCUACGGAGGGAGGAAAGGAGGGUGAGGAAGAUGGUAAAGACAGCAUCAGGAAGGCAUUUGACGCAUUUGGACCAAGGAUCAAUAAUGCCAGCGGUGGUGGGUUUGCGAGACCCAGACCUGCGGGAAGGAGGUAGAAAAGAAGGUUAUGAAGCAGCUUGUGGGGUUCCAUUCGCUACUUGAUUUAAGAAUCGUUCCAGGUAUAAAAAGGUUAAGUGCUUGUAGAUUGACAUUAUUGCAGAGGUAUGAAUUUACGUGGAAGCGUACAGUGUGAAGAAGCCGAUAGUA